CAUGGUAUUGCAGUCCUAUUCAAUCUCACUGGUCCCUGCACUCUCAGUAUUCGGUUCCAUCCCCAUUUCACUCUAUAAGAGAGAUCCCGUUAUCACCCCAAACCAUCAGAAAGGCAAACUUAUCUUACACUCAUCAUCUAAUUUCAUCAACAUUUCUACAGUUUUUCAGUUGUAUAGAGAGGGAAAACCAGAACUGAGAAGAACUAGUGUCAGAUGAGUUCAACAACUAGAGCUUUGGUUAUGGUAGCAUUGCAAACAUUGAAGGACUCAACUCAACAACAUGCCAAGGCUAAUAUCAGAGCAUAUUCUCAGGGUCGAAAGCUUUCUGAGCCAUCUUUCUCUGCCCUACCAAAGAAGCUGGGAGAUGAUAAGUUCAAGCAGUCUGAUUCUGAGGAGACCCUUAGAAAAAUUAUGUACUUGAGCUGUUGGGGUCCUAAUUAAACCCCUAUAUAUUGUAAUGCAUAGGAAUGCCAAUUUUUACUUACAAAUAUGAUCAAACUUCCUCUUCUUCAGUCCCUUCUUUUGGGUUGUUUAGUGAAAUUUUAUUUUGGACCAACAUUUAAUGAAAGAUUUAACCAUGA